CCUCCGGGCCAUGGCGAGCAACCUGCGCCAGAUCGCGCUCGUGGGCACCGCCGUGGCCGUCACCGGAGGCGUCGCCUAUGCCGUUUGGAGGAACUACUUCUCGCCCCCGGUUCCGCUGGGGCCGGAGCUGCCUCAGCAGCAGCCCUUGCUGAGCGCGCACGAAAGAGCCGGCUUGGGCUGCGCAGGGCCGCCGGAGGGCCAGGAUAAACCACCCAGCAAGCAGAUCUUGGUUCUGGGUUUGGACGGGGCCGGCAAAACCAGCGUUCUCCACUCACUAGCAACUAGUCAAGUAAAGCGCAGCACGGCUCCCACGGAAGGCUUCAACGCGGUGUGUGUCAGCACAGAGGAAACCAAGAUGGAUUUUCUAGAAAUUGGGGGCAGCGAGCAUUUACGGGACUACUGGAAGAUGUACUUGCCGCGAGUCCUGCUCCUAAUCUAUGUUGUGGAUUCAUCAGAUCAUGUUCGCUUGCCCGUUGCAAAGAAGCUUCUUCAUCAGCUGGUCCAGAGUAACUCUACCUUGCCUGUUAUGAUUCUUGCCAAUAAGCAGGAUCUUGAAGGUGCAUACUGUAUCACGGACAUCCAUGAUGCUUUGGCAUUAUCUGAACUUGGAGAUGAAAGGAAGAUGUUCCUGAUUGGUACACAUGUGGCAAAAGAUGGCUUUGAAAUCUCUUCCAGCUUGAAAGACACGCGGGAAUUGAUUGCACAGCUGGUGUCAGAAACUCUGUGAUAGGAUCCAGAAUGGGAUACUCCACUGAGACAUAGAGCAUUCUUGUGUUGUGAUCUCACAGCCAUAAAUAGUGUUACUUUAAAUUCAGAUCUGGUGGUGGUGGUUCUCCUCAGGUGUAGAAUUCCUAAGAAGAUGAUAUUAAAGUGGCGGAGAUUUUUUUAAAAAAACGUUGUAUAUAUAUUUGAAAAGCAGUUUUAUUUUAAAUGUGUGGAAGGAAAUGGGGAUUAUUGGACACCUCAAGUUAAGAAAGCAAACACUCCUGUUUGUAUAGGUAACUACUGUUGACAUUAAUUGAAUCUGUGUGAUGGUUUAUAUUGCUUGAGAAGUUGACUGAUGGAAAAGCAGUAUAUAAGUUUACAUUGGAGGGUGAUUUUACUAAGAAGGUAGCACCAAAAUCCAAAGAACCAAGAACUAGUGGUUUGCGUUUCUGAAAAACCUCAUGGAUAUUUUCUUGUAUAUGCAUUUCUUAAAUUGGAAGGAUUUUUAUUAUUCCAUCAGUCCUUUGAUGUGUAUUUGCUUAUUCCUGCAGCAAUUUUCAUAUUCUUUUUAUUUACUAAUAUGUGGAGAAGCUCAGUGCCACACAUAAUUACUGGACCUGGUCAUAUACUGAUUUCUCCCUGGGAUUGAAAGUGGAAAGAACAGCACACCCUCCUUGGAAAGUGGAUUUAGUGUUUCAGGAACAAGAGAUUCUGCAUUCAAGUAACUAUAGGAUGGCUCAGUUUGUUCAUUCAUUUCUCUCCCAGGGGGAGGGACAGCAAACCUGCAACUUGUUCCUGAUCUCUCCUUGGAAUAAACACGGGGAAAAAAUAAUAUUUGAGCAGGAUCACUGAUUAUUUCUCAAUAUUGUCUGAGUUUUGUUAACUAGCAAUACUGGGCAAUCUAACCCAAGAGUAGGCAAUAUAUGGCUACGCUUUCUUUGUAGGCUACAUAGUUAGGCCAGUUGGUCUGGCAGAAAUCUUGGUGAGCCAAAAGUGGCUCACAGGCUUUUGCAUUUACACUGAAAUCUUGACGGAAUUACAUCCUUACUUCUGAGUAAAGGCUCAGAGGAAGUUUUCUAAGAAGGAAGUCCAUGCCUUUGCCCAGGAUGUGGCAAGAGUGUUCAGAAGAGGGCAACCAGGAUGAUCAGAGGUCUAGAAACAAAGCCCUAUGAAGAGAGACUGAAAGAACUGGGCAUGUUUAGCCUGGAGAAGAGAAG